CACCACUCGCAAUUGCGCUCGCAAUGGCAGCUCGCACUCUUCGGAUAGGCCUCAUCCCUGGCGACGGCAUAGGCCGCGAAGUCAUCCCUGCGGGGCGCCGCAUCCUCGAAGCACUCCCUUCCUCGCUGGGGCUCAAAUUCUCCUUCACGCACCUCGAUGCUGGCUUCGAGACCUUCCAGAGGCAGGGCGUUGCGCUGCCGGAUAAGACGGUUGAAGCACUGAAGAGCGAUUGCGACGGGGCGCUGUUUGGGGCGGUAUCGUCUCCAACCGCCAAAGUAGAAGGCUACUCCUCCCCCAUCGUCGCCCUCCGCAAACGCCUCGCCCUGUACGCCAACGUGCGCCCGGUCAAAACUGUACGCAGCUCCGCCUCCCCCGUCGAUCUCGUCAUUGUGCGCGAAAACACCGAAGACCUCUACGUCAAAGAAGAAAAGACCUACACCGCUGCCGACGGCAGCAAGAUCGCCGAGGCCAUAAAACGCAUCUCGGAGAAGGCGAGCUACAACAUUGCCGCCAUGGCGGGCGAAAUUGCGCUGAGGAGGCAGAGGGUCCGGGAUGCGGGCGGUGAGAGUAUACAUAGCAGGCCGCUGGUCACGGUUACGCACAAGAGUAACGUGCUGAGUCAGACGGAUGGGCUGUUCAGGGAGACGGCCAGGAGGGCGUUGGCGGAGGAGAAGUAUCGGACGGUGGACGUGGAGGAGCAGAUUGUGGAUUCGAUGGUGUACAAGCUAUUCCGGCAACCCUCUGCUUACGACGUUAUCGUCGCGCCGAAUCUCUAUGGAGAUAUUUUGUCCGAUGGCGCUGCGGCACUCGUUGGCUCGCUGGGUCUCGUGCCCUCUGCGAACGUAGGCAAGGACUUCGUCAUCGGAGAGCCCUGCCACGGUUCAGCACCAGACAUUGAAGGCAAAGGCAUUGCGAACCCGAUUGCGACAAUCCGGUCGACAGCGCUCAUGCUGGAAUUCCAGGGCGAGGAGCGGGCGGCAGCCAGGAUUUACGAGGCAGUCGAUGCGAACCUCGAGGAAGGCAAGCUAUUGACGCCUGAUAUGGGAGGCAAGGCGACGACGGAGGAGGUCAUUGAAGAUGUGUGCAAGAGAUUGUAGGAUAAAUGUCUUGAAUAAGAGUCGAGAUUGUACAAGUCUAGUUGCCAUGUAAAAGCGAGGUUUUGCCAGGUCUACUGUUAUUGUAUGCUCUAUGCAGCGAUGCUUCCUCAUUC